UUGGCGAGCACAUGCCACGGUGAGAGAAGAGCCAAGUCUGAACAGAACUGUCUUUAACCGGUAGCAGAAGCUCCUGAGGACCAUAUUUUCAACCCAAACCUCCACAAACAACACCAGAAACCUCUACCAAGUGGUUUAUAACGCACCUCUGAAACAAACUGAGGACCUGAGAGAGUCGCGAGGAUGCACUUGUUGUCCGCCAGCUGCGUGUCUGCCCUCCUCUUCACCGCUUUAUUCUACAAAGUCAGCGGUUUGGAGACCGUUAUCGGCCUGUACGGAGACACACUUGAGAUCCCGUGCAACAAUGGAGCCAUAAAAGCCGAAGACGUCUUCAUCCUUAAAUGGAAAUAUGACAACAAGAAGGGACCUGGAGACCUGCUGGUCAAGCAGAAAAACCAGAAUGUUUCAAUCAGUGCUACUGAUGAAUACAAGGGCCGUGUGAGCCUGGCUGCCAACUCCAGCCUGCUGCUCUCUGCUGCCGAGCUGAGCGACCAGGGCACUUUCACCUGCAUGAUGGUGGUUGGUGCAGACAUCGUAGAGUACCCUGUUAACGUGGUGAUCUACAAAACGCCGGCAGGUCUGGAGAUUAAGGACAAAGCAGAAGAGCUAGAGAUCGGCAAGCUUACUAAGCUGGGAACAUGUGUUGCAAAAGAUGCAAACCCUGCAGCAAACAUUACAUGGUUGAAGAACAACAAUCCACUGGUGGCUGAUGGGAAAGGGGUUUCCAUCCAGGCUACAGUGCUUGUUGACCCAGCUACUGGCCUUUCAACCACUACCUCUAUGUUGGAGUACUCAGCCGAGAAGGAGGACACAGAUGCACAGUUCAGCUGCAGCAGUCAGCACACUGCAGGCACAGAGCUGGCGUCCUCUCCAGUCACCUUCAGUAUAACCUACUCCACAGAGAACAUCGUGCUUCAGGUCAUUGCUCAGGACCCUCUGGUGGAAGGAGACAGUGUUACUCUGAAGUGUGUGGCGGAUGGUAACCCAGCUCCUACAAGCUUUAACUUCCACCUCAAGGACGAAGUGGUGAAAGUGGAGAACACCAACAGUUACACCAUCACAAACGUCUCACGCGACUCCUCUGGCAAAUACAAAUGCUCUCUUGUUGACAAUCCAACAAUGGAAGCAACUGAGGACAUCAUUGUUCAGUACCUAGACAUCAAUUUAAGCCCCUCUGGAGAUAUUGUCAAGAGUGCUGGCGAGACCUUGGAUCUAAAUCUUCAGAUUGAUGCCUCCUCAGACUCAAAGACUUUCUGGACAAAGGAUAAUUUGAAACUGGACAAAGAGCCAAAGUUUAGCAAGCUGACGUAUUCAGACUCUGGCCGCUACGAGUGUGAGGUGACAAUGGAUCUGCUUAGCCGAAAGGCUUCUUUUGAGCUGGCUGUUGAAGGUGCCCCGGUUAUCAAACAUCUGACCAAACAGCUCGGUGGGGACGGCAAACACAAAGUCUUGAUUUGUGAGGCUGAAGGUUCUCCAAAGCCGGCUGUUUCCUGGAGCAUCAACGGCACCUCGCUGGAUGAGAGUCCCUUCGUCAACGGAAAAAUUACACACAAGAUCACGGUUGUGCCCAGUGCAAAUCUGACUGUUUCUUGUACGGUGUCUAAUGAGUUUGGUGUGGAUACCAGAGCUAUAAAUGUGUCAUCCUUAAUUGAGGAGGUGAGAAUGGAUAAACAAGACACAGCAGACGACAGCGACAAAACUAAGCUGGUGGUUGGAGUUGUUGUCGGUCUCCUUGUUGCCGCCAUUGUUAUAGGCGUUUCGUACUUGGUCUACUCGAAGAAAUCCAAACAAGGAAGCUGGAAGACUGGUGAAAAGGAGGAUGGCUCUUCAGAGGAGGAGAAGAAACUGGAGGAGAAAGUGGAAGAAAACAGUCAAAAAGCUGAGGUGUAAAGAAGAAGCCGCCACCUUUGGGAAUGUGAAAGUGAAAACAUGGAACUUUUGCACAUUUCUCUUCACCUCUGUCUACGGAGAAAAAAAAAAAUCAAGUGUACAUUGGGAUGAAGACGGUUUGGAUUUGGUUUCAGGGAGAAUUUUACUAAAAAAGCAUAUCCAGACAACCCCCCCACCCACCCAUGCCCCUCACCUUCAUUCCUUAAAAAAGAAAAAUGAAUGGAAACUGUAUGUUAAAUACAUAACUUGUCUGCACUACUGAUACAUGUGUAAACCUGUCUACUAUUAGGAUUCAUGUUUGUUAGAAUGGACUUUGGGAAAGCGAGAAAAUGAGGAUUUUUGUUGGUUUUGUUAGCUAUUGAAGGUAAAAUUACUUCUAGACCAGUUGCCUUUACUGUAAGGAUGUGUAGGCCGUCAUUAGUCUGACUCUUAAACAUCAACACGGUUACAUUGUUCAUGUCAAAACAAGCUCUGCCUUCGACAUCAUCGUACUCAAUCUGUUUUAUUUUCGAUUUCGUUCACUGAGGCAUUAUAAAUGAGAAGAUUUCCAGAAAGGGCUAUGGGUAUUUUGUGAUACUCGGCGGUAGUUAUAGACGGUUCUAUGAUUUACACGUUACAGGAAGUAGCUGAUGUGCCACAGAGUCCUUUGGUGUUACAUGACUUUUGUUGUUUUGUUCAUUUUUAUGAUCGUGUGUACCUCUUUUUCAAAAAAGUGACCAGGAGGGGAUAAAAUUCUGUUUUCAAAUGUACUGUACAGUCAUCAUAACCACUGUAUAACACAAGCAGGUAGAUUAUUGAGAGAAUGUGAAGCAUUACUCAUUCUGCUGUGGCUGCACACAUAACCUCAUCGUUUGUAACCAUGCUUUUCUAAAGCUAAAGGCAUAGCUCCUGAUUUUUUAUCGUGAAUUCUCCACCAGUGUUGCGGUAUGAUUGUUUAUUGUGCUUAAUUUUGUAAACCACAACAAAGAGAAGACAAGGAGUCUGUCUCAAAGUAGCCGUCAUAUGUUUGCCUUCUUUUGAAAAUCUACCUGUACGAACGUCAGUUUGUGAUGUGCACUAGCGUUCAUAUUUUCAUGUCAGAUUUGUGUAGAAUACGAGAGAAUACGCGCAGCUGUACAUGUCACAUUAUUGGUCCUUCAGGAGCAUUUACUACAUUUUGAAAAAUGGAUCAAGACCAGGAUAUAAUUGUGAAGUAUGUGAUUUUAGUUUUCUGUUCUUUUUUUUUUUGCUAUUUAUAUUGUGCAAGUUAAAAAAAAACAUCCUGGUAGGCAAAUUCAAUAAUCAUACCUUGGAUUUAAAUAUUUGGCAAAUUGCUUGCAGACUUAACCGAGCUAUAAAUAAGUUGUGAGUCAUGAGUAGGUUGCUCAGCGUCUGGUUGAAUAUAGAUUCAGCAUGUGAUAAUCUCAGACCUCUAAGCUGCUGUUUGUUGCCUACAUUGUUUCAAAUCCAUCAAAAUUGGAAGAAUGACCAAAGAAAGUGAACAUUGCCAUGCAAGUAUUGUAAAUAACUGAUGUUUGUUUUUGUACUUUUGUUUAAAAUAAAGUGUACAUUUGGA